AUGGGACCGUCGCUCAUCCGCACUCCUGUCGCCCAACUACCGACCUCGGCGCCAGGUGCCGCUUGUGUUGCAGCAUCUGCCCACUGCAAGGGCCCAGCCUCUACCGUCGUUACAUUGCCCAACAUCUGGAGGCGGCAAGACGAGCCCAAAGCGCAGAACAUCGCCAUGGAUAAUCUGGGACUCUUCACCGGCUCCCAGCCUGCUGAGCCUGAACUUCCAAUCGAAUAA